AUGGCCAGCACCGCCCAAAAACUCCGAAUCGGCGUCAUGAUGGACACAGUUCAGCUGUCCGACGUCAUGGGCGCCGACAUCCUCGCCGGCUUCCGACUCGAGACAAUGAAGCAAGCCGCCGCGUUUGCCCCAGAGCUCGUCGGUGACGUUGUGCAGUACGCUCCUGACAUGGAACUCUUCUAUCUCUCUUCUACUCUUGAUCCAACCGAGACGACGAUGGGGCUCAAAUAUGUGCCCAACAUGACAUACGACGACUGUCCCCGCGACCUGGACAUUGUCCUCAUCGGAGGGCCCUGGCCGACCCACCGCCCUGCCGCAGCGGACAAAUUCAUGAAGGAGGCCUGGGAGAAGACCCCUGUCUGGCUGACUACUUGCACUGGAAGCCUGUGGCUGGCCAGCUCCGGCGUCCUCAAGGGUUACAAGGCAACGACAAACCGCUCAUUCAUCCCAACGGCCCAACAGCUCAGCCCUGACGUGGAAUGGGUUACCCAGCGCUGGGUGACGGGGCCAAAGCCGUAUACAGGCGAGUCCAGCCUGAAGCCCGCAUUGUGGACAGCAGGCGCUGCAUACUGCGGCAUUGACAUGAUUGUCAAGUUCUGCUACGAGACCUUCAACACUAAGCUUAUAGAUCUUGUUGGAGAAGGAAUGGGGUUUGAUGCAGAUUCCAAGCGCGGACAGGACUAUUGA